AGCGCUGCCUGGUCCAGACUCUCGGUGUGGGUGCUGUGAAUGGAUGAUCGGAUAUGUGGGCUGGCAGGGAAGCGGAGAGCAUCACAAGAGCAGCGGUCUGCAUCAGCAUCCACAUUCAGACCAUGUGAGAAUCCAUGUGUCCGGGAAUGCAGAUGCCUCUCACAGGUCGGGGUGGGCUCUGCGAUGGAGAGCGGAGGCUGCAUGCGGACUGAACGUGGGAAAUGAGACUGGAAUGAGAGACAAGACACGACCAUCUGCCUUUGGUUUGCUGUCUUCUCGCCAUCUGUGAGUGAAGGAUCCAAAGACCUCCAACCCUCUGUGACAGUGUGCGCGUGUUGGAGUACAUCUACUCACCAUGAGACCCAAAAGAAUCCCUCUUCGUUAGAUUUCUCUGUAUUUUUCAACACAAUUUCACCGUUAGAAAAUGUCCUGAUGGUUUGUUAUUGCGCUGACAAAAGCAGAGCUGGGUUAGUUGUCACAAUAAAAAA